CCGCCGCGGCAAGCGCCGUCACUGUCCCUGCUGCUCUCUCGCAUAUCUCCCUACUCCCCUCUCCCACGUUAGAACCGCAGCCGCCAGCGCCGCCGUCAUCUCCAUUUCAUCACCGCUCUUCGUCCCCAACCUCCGGCUGCUCUCCAACCAUGCGCUUCGCGUUCUCGUCUGCUCUCCUACUCCUACUCGAGGCGACGCGGCGCUGAGUUGGCAUCUCCUGACUCCGCCGCCGCCCGCGCGCCGUCCCCGCACCUGCUGAAGCUGAACCCCCCAGUCCCGGCGCCGGCCGGCGGCAUUGCGCGCUCGCUCUGUUGCUGGAGGCGGGAGACCCGUCUCACGCAGCGCCGCAGGCCACGCCAGGCCGCACCGGUGCGGUGCCGGGUGGUUGGUCCCGUAUCGGGUGUGGUGGGGGGCGCUGACUUGUAGGGGACGCAACCAGCGCGGAGGAAGGAAGGAAGCUUCGCGCGUGGCCGCGUCGCUUCGCCUCGUCUCCUGCAGUCCCGCUAACUUCUCCUUCAUUCGCUACGGUCGGGUGUUGAGAUCUUAGCGUGGCGUGUCGGGGAUGGGGGUGCUGGAGUUUGCGGCGGGGAAGGCCAGAUCCCUUGCCGCCGCCACUGACCAGGAGCGGCGCCACGUGCACAAGGGCGACCUCGCGCGGAUCGAGACGCGGCGGCGCCAGGACCAGGAGGCGGGCCAUGGCGUGGGCACGCCCAAGGCCCAGGAGGCGGCGGCUUCGCCCGUCGGGCCGCCCACGCCCCCGCGCAGCCCGCCCGAGGCGAGAUCUGGGGGCCAAGCCGACGCCGGUUCGCGCUUUCAUCCUCUCGGCCGUGAUAUUAGGCGAGUGGAUGAGGAGGCUGCUGACGAACCUGGGGCCCAGUUUCUAGCCUCUGCGACUGACUUCUUACAAGACUUUUCAGAUACAGAAUCUAGUGUUAAUUCAAUGUACAGAUCAAUGACCCCAAGCCCCGCAGAGAGUCCUACUUGCGUGGUGAGGUUGGAUGAUGCUUCUGAUCCUGAUGCGACAACAUUGACCGACUCAGAUGAUGCACGGGAGCUAGUCAGUGCUGCUAGCAGUAGCAGCACUGGUGAGAGAGAAGUCGUCAAUGCAUCAACACAUAUUGUUGAUUUUGGUGAUGCUAUUUGGUGCCCACCACCACCUGAAGAUGAGAGAGAUGAUGUUGAAUCGAGGAUAUUCGGAUUUGACGACGACGACGACGAUGCUUUCCUAGAACCUAGUUGUUUUGGUGAUAAUAAAGUAGCCAGUGAGUGUGGUGCUUUUGGUGGAUCUCAACAAGGUGGUGUUCAGAAUGAUUUGCUGAAGCAUUUUCGGGCUCUGGUUGCACAGUUACUGAAGGCGGAAGGCAUUAGUUUUUCCAGUGAUGACAAUUCCAAAAGUUGGCUUGAGAUAGUGUCCUCAUUGGCUUGGCAAGCUGCUAACUAUGUGAAACCUGAUACCAAGAAAGGUGGCAGCAUGGAUCCUGGUGAUUAUGUGAAGAUUAAAUGCAUAGCAUCUGGGAACCCAACUGAUAGCAAUUUUGUUAGAGGAAUUGUUUGCUCUAAGAAUGUAAGACACAAACGGAUGGUCUCAGAACACAGGAAUGUCAAAUUGCUCAUUUUAGGAGGUGCACUUGAGUACCAAAAAGUUUCAAAUAAAUUGGCAUCUAUAGGGACAAUACUUGAACAGGAAAAGGAGUAUCUUAGAACUGUUGUUGGAAAGAUCGAGUCUAGGCAGCCUAAUGUCCUUCUAGUUGAGAAAAGCGCCUCAUCUUUUGCUCUGGAGCUCUUAGCAAAAGAUAUUUCUUUGGUUCUGAAUGUGAAGAGACCUCUUUUGGAAAGAAUAUCAAGAUGCACAGGUGGUCAGAUUGCCUCGUCAAUUGACAACAUUGCCUCAGCAAGGCUUGGACAUUGUGACUUGUUCAAGGUGGAGAAAGUUUCGGAAUCCUUAUUAGCAGAACACGGAGAAAAGGGAUCAAUUAAGACUCUGAUGUUCUUUGAAGGCUGUCUGAAGCGCUUGGGUUGCACGGUUCUGUUAAGGGGAACAUGUCGGGAAGAAUUAAAGAAGAUUAAGCGUGCAAUGCAACUUGCAGUCUUUGCUGCUUAUCACCUCUCCUUGGAGACAUCAUUCCUUGCUGAUGAGGGAGCAACACUUCCGAAAAUUCCUUCAAUAUCUGUGACAGGUGCACCGGAUAUUUCUGCUAGUCCUACUGAUCAUGGUACUCCUGAUGGUCUUAGAAAUGCUGAAGAGACAUAUCCACAAAAUUCUACUAUCAGCCAGAUUUUUGAGGUUAUUUCUGCAUCUUCAACUUUAUUACCAUUUGCUGGAGUAAGCCAAGGAAUCACACCGGAAUGUAGAGCAUCCAAAUUUCCAGUUGAUCCCCUCAACUCUCAAGAUCUGUCCAACUUAUGCCAUCCAAAUGUUACCUGCAAUGCCAAUUUAAUAUCUCCAUGUUCUGUCAGUGAUGACUUAAGAGCAACAUGUGCUGGCACACAACAUGGUGAUUCAUACAAGUCUUUGCAAUCUUCAAUUGCUGUUGAUGUCUGUCGUGAUGGUGCGUUAACUUUGAAAAAUAACCAACCUUGUCAUUCAGAAAACCAUAGUAGCAAUCCCUCACUAGACGACUUUCCAGUAGGGGAUACAGAUGACAAAGACAAGCUUUCAGCUGGUUCCUUAUCUGGUAGUGACAACAACCAGAGCAUCUUAGUUUCCCUCUCAAGCACUUGCAUUCCCAAAAGCUUGGCGUGCCAGCGUUCUCACCUCCUCCGGAUCAAGUUUUAUGGUAGUUUUGAUAAGCCAUUAGGGAGGUAUCUCCGUGAGGACUUAUUUGAUCAGGCAUAUUGCUGCCCAUCUUGUAAGGAGCCUUCAGAAUCACAUGUGAGGUGCUAUAUGCACCAACAUGGCAGCCUAACGAUUAGUGUCAGGCGCCUUCAGUCUCAAAAGUUGCCAGGUGAACAUGAUGGGAGGAUAUGGAUGUGGCAUAGAUGCAUGAGGUGCAAGCUUAAGGAUGGAAUGCCGCCAGCAACACAGAGAGUAAUCAUGUCUGAUGCAGCUUGGGGCCUAUCAUUUGGCAAGUUCCUGGAGCUCAGCUUUUCAAAUCAUAUGACUGCUAACCGGAUUGCAAGCUGUGGGCAUUCUCUCCAAAGGGAUUGCCUUCGCUUUUAUGGGUAUGGAAAUAUGGUGGCCGCCUUCCACUAUGGUCCUAUGAUUACUCUAUCUGUUGACCUUCCACCCCCAGUGCUAGAUCUCAAUUCCCAUGCCACACAAGAUUGGGUGAAAAGAGAAGCUGUUGAGGUAUUUCACACAAUGGAGUUGCUGCACACCGAGGUAUAUGAUGUCCUUCAUAAUCUUGAGAAGAGUAUCAUCACUGAUGAUGAUUCAACCAAGACAAGCAUACAAAGGCAAAUAGUUGAGAUGAAAGAUUUGCUUAAUGUGGAAAGAAAUGAGUAUGAGGCUUUGCUUCUUCCAGUUAUAAUGGGGAGUGCUCAUUCAUUCAAAUCAAAUAUUGAUAUUUUGGAGCUUAAUCGUAUUAGACGUAGUCUCCUCCUAGAUGCUCACACUUGGGACUGCAGGUUGUGCGACAUAGAUUCACUUGAAGCAAAUGGCCAUAUUUCCAGAACUGAUCCCUUUAAUCAAGAGAAAACCCAAGGAAUCAAUGAAGGGAGAUCUGAUUCACUUCAGAUUGUUAGGAAACACGGAGGAACAUAUGAAGAACCAUGUCCUCAACACUCUUCAGAAAGCCCAAGGAAAUCUCUCUUGUCUACAGAGGGCCAUGUGAAUGAUAAACAAUCUGUCAUGGUUGAGACAGAUUUGCCGGUUGGGCUAGUGGAUGGUGUUUCAGGUGGUGCAGGAGGUCUUGAUUUGAUUUUCAACAAAUUUGACACAUGUGAAGGACGCUGUCUAUCAAAAUAUCCUAGCAAGACAGAGCCAGUAGAGAGGUUACCUUCACUUGCAUCUAUUUUAGCUGACAAAAUAGAUAUGGCAUGGUCUGGAUUUGGUGAAUUAGACUGCAAUCUUCCACAUGAUUUGACCAAAGCAAACGAAAAUAGGUCUUUGAACUUGUUGGCCAAUCCAAGUUACGAGAAGGCUACUGCCCCAGUCAGAAUCCAUUCAUUUGAUACUGUGAUGAGAUUACAUCAGCGAGAACAAACUGGAGUAAUACCUGCUUCACUGCAUUCAGCACUGAAAUCAGUUGAUUCCUUUAGAGACUUGACAAGCCUUGUCAAGGAUCCAAUGACAAAUAUGCGAAGAGCCUUUUCUCAAAUAUCUCCCAGGACAAGAGGAAACUUAAAUACUGUUCUUAUACGUGCUCCCAAGUAUAUCACAUCAGCUUCUCAUAUGGUGAAUGAUGGGGCUCGACUGCUUCUGCCCAAUAUUAGCUGUGGAGGUUCUGUUUUUGUCACUGUCUAUGAUGACGAGCCGACCAGUGCAGUGUCAUAUGCUAUGACAUCGCAAGAAUAUGCUGAUCAUGUCACACAUAAAAUGAACAUAAAUACUAGCUUUUCAGAUUUUACUAGCAGUAAUGGACUUCAUAGAUCUUUGUCCUCACAUGAAGACCUUUCAAAUUCUAAAGGAACUCACUUCAGAUUGUCCUUCGACGAUGAUGCAUCUCCUACUGAUAGUACAAAGUUUUCUGUCACUUGCUAUUUUGCAAAGCAGUUUGCUGCACUUAGAAAGAAAUGCUGUCCAAGUGAUAUUGAUUACAUACGCUCGAUAAGUCGUUGUAAGCGAUGGAGCGCGCAAGGUGGAAAAAGCAAUGUUUACUUUGCAAAGACAAUGGAUGAGAGAUUCAUAAUUAAACAAGUCACCAAGACAGAGCUGGACUCUUUUGUAGAUUUUGCUCCUCAUUACUUCAGGCACUUGACAGAAUCAUUGACUUCUAGAAGCCCUACUUGCCUGGCCAAAAUAGUGGGGCUUUAUCAGGUUAGUAUCAAGAAUUCAAAAGGUGGGCGUGAGGUGAAGAUGGAUCUGAUGGUGAUGGAGAACAUAUUCUUCCAGAGAUCAAUAUCUAGGGUGUAUGAUCUGAAGGGUUCUGGGCGUUCACGCUAUAAUUCUGAUGCUUCUGGCCACAAUAAAGUUCUUCUAGAUUCUAAUCUCAUAGAAGCACUACAUACAAAGCCUAUGUUUUUGGGGAGUAAGGCAAAACAAAGAUUGGAAAGAGCUGUCUGGAAUGAUACAUCAUUUCUUGCGUCUUUGGAUGUCAUGGAUUACUCCCUUUUGGUCGGUGUCGACGAGGAGAAAAAAGAGCUGGUGGUUGGCAUCAUCGACUUCCUGCGGCAGUACACCUGGGACAAGCAGCUGGAGACAUGGGUGAAGGCCUCGGGGAUCCUGGGGGGGCCCAAGAAUGAGGCCCCCACCGUGAUUUCUCCUAUCCAGUACAAAAAGAGGUUCAGGAAGGCCAUGUCGAGAUACUUCCUCGCCGUCCCUGACCAAUGGACCUCCUGAUGAGGUGGCUAAUUCUUCUCGGUGUUGGAGCUCCUUUUUCAGCGAAAGCAUCACCCGUUCACCCUUUGGCAAAUUUUGAGCGAAAGGGUGACAGACGGAUAGGCAUUCUUUAGUUGCAUGUUGCUUCUAUUUUUUUUACCAACAGGUGACAUGCAGUAGCUAUAGAACAGAUGUUUUUUCUUUUCUCUGAAAGAUGCUAUAGAACAAAUGUGAGAGUGAGGACCCCUCCUGCCGGAUGGGCUGUGACAUCAAGCAUGGCCAUUGCAGUGUCCGGUCACAUCUUGAGGGCUUGAUCCAAUGUAAAUUGGCGGCGAGCUACGGCGGGUUAUUUGACGCCGAGUUGUGCCGUAUUCUUUCUGCUCAUGUUUAUGAUACUGAGAAAUUGUAUAAGAGGGAUGGAAGACAAGUUAAUUCAUGUAUGACACCUCAACUCAGUUGCUUUAUUUUCGU